CCUUACGUCGUUACUUUACCACUGAUUCGCACUAAACGCUACGCAUCCAGCUUUAUCAUGCGUACGGCUAAGGAGUGGAAUUCACUUCCUGCAAAUCUAUUCCCAGUCCACUAUAACUUGGACCUUUUUAAAUCGAGAGUGAAUAGACAUCUUUUAGGUAAGCAUGUUCCAUCCUAGACUACAUCGGCACUUUCCAUCAGGUGAGAUUGUGGUCAAAUGCUUACCUUUUCGGAAUAAAAAAAAAGGCCUUUUCCCAGCCUAUUCUUCAAAUCCUGGCAUAUUCCGAGGUGCUUUCAAAAACAGCGCCUCUGUCUAACGGAAAAUGUAAAGGCUUUGUAUUAAGGUUAACAGAAUUUUUACUGAGCACAGCUGUCCAGAAACAAAUAUCUUCUUAGCAUGUAUUACUCAUAUUAUCUAUUCUCAACUACUUUAAAACCAAUUAACUUAUCAGACACUGACCUACGACUAAUUCUAAAUAAAUCCCCUUUAAAACCUCACACUUAGCCUGCUAGGAUCUAUUGACACAAAAUGGGUGUUCUCAGGAUCUUGUGUGUAUUGUUUGUAGUGUGUUUUAUAGGAAACGUGGCGGGGUUGCUGUGGCCUUCUUCGACGGAUACAGGGUUAGAUGGGGUUAGGAAAGCCUCACGAUGGAACGUGCCCUGGCUGGGUAUCGGCAUGUGGUGUAACGGCUGCCCCCCGAAGAGCUGCGAGGACGAUGACGCCAUCAUACACGGGUACUGCUGCGGCUGCGCUUAUUCUUUAGACAAACUACCAGUGCUGUGUCCGGAGUUCCUCCAGUGCCCGCUGAACCUGCACGGGCUCUGUCACGACUACGAAUACAUGAUGAGGUGCUGCUGCUAGCGACAGAGUUUGAGACAACUGUCGUGUUGAACAUGACAUCUGACACAUCAUCUAUGACAGUUAAUUUUUAACAGGUUAUGUUAUGUUUGAUGCCAAUGUCUGUCUGUAAGUCACAUCGUAGCUCUUAUAAACUGAAAUAAAUGUCUAAGAGAAAGUGACCAAGGC